UCCCAGUGGCGCAGGGAUGCUGCUCAGCUUACACUGCAAAGAGGUUUUGUAGUUAACGAUCGAUCUGAAAGGCUUUUGGCUCGCUGUGUCUUCCUGUCAUCCCACUUUCCAGCAGUCACUCCCUCGUUACUGCAAACAUACCAAAAAAACUAUUUUGCUUUAUAAAAUGCCUGCGUUUGCAAAAUAUGAGUGAGAGAGAAAGGGGGGGUAGCGAGAAAGAAUAAAUUAUGGAGAAAAGGGGAAGGAGAAAAGUUGAUGUAGUUUAUUUGAGAAGGGACUUGAUGGGAUCGCAAUGAUAAGAUUAAGUCUUCUGAUUCUCCUAUUCUCCCGCCCGGCCUAUUCAAUGCUGCUGGGAUGGGUGGAGUCUCCAGGGUAUCCCACUGGAUAUUUGCCCGAUGCCAGUCUAAACUGGAGCAGGUGUGCCCACAAAGGUCACACCCUCUCCAUCAAACUCAUGCACCUGGACCUGGAGGACAGCCAAGACUGUGAAAACGACGCAAUAAAGGUCUUUUCAAAUGGACACCUAAUCUCAGUUCUGUGUGGCAAAAGGGAAUUUGAGGAUCUUCAGUCCACUGUUAACCCUUCGCUCGUCUCCUCUCCGGGCGGCUGCCUCUCCCUUACGUUCCACUCCGACUACUCGAACACCAAGAGGCACACCGGCUUCAGAGGGUUUUAUACGGAUCAUGACUUUGAUGAAUGUAAGGACGACCCUGACAACGGAUGCACACAGUUCUGUCACAACUACAUUGGAGGGUACCACUGCUCCUGUCGCCAUGGCUACUACCUGGAUGUGGACAAACACACUUGCACGGUGAGUUGUACUGAGGAUCUGUCAGGGCAGAAAAAUGGAGACCUAUCCAGUCCCUCCUGGCCUGCUCCCUAUGCAGAGAAUGCUAACUGUCAGUACACCUUGUCUGCGGAGGCCACCCUGCAACUGGAGUUGCACUUUUUUGAAGAUUUUGAUGUGGAGCAAAGCCCUGAUGGUCAAUGCAUCGAUGCUCUGAGGAUCGAGACUCCCUCUGGGAUUCUGGGGCCAUUCUGUGGCCACACACCUCCCCCAUCUCCCUUUCUCACUCACUCACAUCAGGUCCAAAUCCGCUUCACCUCUGAUGGCUUUGGUACUAACAAAGGCUUCAUGCUCCACUUCAGGACCAGAGACAAGGUGUGUCCAUCAGUGGUGACCUCGCACUCCAGUGUGACUCCUCAGCAAGUAGAAUAUCUUAAGGGUGAAACAGUGACAGUAACUUGUGAUCUUGGCUACGUUUUAUAUACUCAAGGCACCCGGACCCUGUCAUCACAGUAUGUGACGAUAUGUCAGAAUACGGGUGUAUGGACUCCCAUUGACACCUGUGAACCUGUGGAUUGUGGAUUUCCUAGUAUCCCAAAAGAUGGCAUCCUUCAGUUGGUGGGCUCAGAUAACCCACAUACUCAGUACAAAGACCAGAUUCAGUUUAGCUGCAGCUCAAAGUACUACACACUGGAAGGAGAUGACGUGUACACUUGCAGAGCCAGUGGUGAAUGGGUAUCAGGUGGAGGCCAGAAAGAGAUGCCGAAAUGCAUUGCAGUGUGCGGGAAGCCUGAAAAUCACCCCUCAGGUGCAGCCAGAAUUUUAGGAGGUGAUGAUGCAAACAUGGGAGAGAUACCGUGGCAUCUUUUGCUUAAAGAGCCAAGUAGAGGAGGAGCAACAUUGAUCAAUGACCGAUGGGCUGUCACAGCAGCUCAUGUCGUGGACACAUUAAAGAAUACCUCCUUGAGCCUGUAUGGUGGACUGAUAGAUGGAAGAACCAUAUCAAACAGUGUGUCUAAUGUAGUUGUCAUGGACAGUGACAGGAUCAUAAUUCAUCCCGACUACGUCAAAGUCAUUCCUCCUUUGGAACGCACAAAUUUUGACAAUGAUAUUGCUCUUAUUAGAUUAGCUUCCAGGGUGAAUUUAGGCCCAAACCUCCUUCCCAUUUGUCUGCCAACGGUAAACACGGACCUGUUGGAAGAUGAGCAAGGCACAGUGUCAGGCUGGGGGAUAACAGAAUCCGAGACGGGGCGUCGUUUCUUCACAUCUCCUUUGUUAAAAUACGCUCAUAUCGGGAUCUACUCCCUUGCAGAGUGUGAGAAUACUCCUUACACACCUACAACUAAGAAACGUAUGACUUUCACUAAUAACAUGUUCUGUGCUGGAGCAGAGGGAAAGGACAGCUGCAAGAAAGACAGUGGGGGUCCGUUUGUUUUGCCCAUGUUGACUCACGGCAGUGGGCCAUAUCGUCUGACUGGCAUUGUGUCCUGGGGACCCCCCUGUCAUGAGAGGCAGUACAAGGGUUAUUACACCAAGGUGGCUAGAUAUGUGGACUGGAUUAAGGAGACAAUAGAUGCAACAGAAAAGUAUUAGAAAGAAGAAAGAUGAGGGGGGAAAUACUUUUCUACUAAACACAAUACUGUUAUCAAUUUCAGGAAAUGUUUUUGAAAGUAAAGACUACAAUCUUGUAAUCAAAUGUACCGACAUGAAUACCAUUAUGCUGUCAUCACAUUGUUACUUACCUUACUGUAUUAAAGGAAUUAGCAAAUCUGCAGAGAA